UGGGAGACUAUAGACUAUAAGCUAGAGAGAGAGAACAGACUUCUUCAAUACAAAAUAAAUAAGAUGACUUUGAUAGAUAGAUAGAUAGAUAGUUACACUCCAUUAACUCUCUACUCUUCUUUAUCUUUUGCACUUUCGAUCUAUUCUUUUCUUGGUAUUGUUACUUUUCAAUUUGCCAUAAAAAGGGUUUCAGAGGUUGAAGAACAUCGGAUUUGGAAGGAGACAGUGGAAGUGACAACGUAUAUAUUUUUUCAGAAGCCAAUUUACCUAUGGAUCGCCAAGGUCGUGGACAGUCACCAGCAGGUACAGCUGGUAAUGCAGCUCAAGUGCCAUAUGGCAUGAACGCAUAUCAACCUUCUGCUCCUGGAUCAAUUCAAUCUCCUUCUCAGCCUUCAGGCCUUGCUGUCUCUUCAGCUCAGCUUGCACAGCAUCAGCUUGCUUAUCAACACAUCCACCAACAGCAGCAACAACAACUGCAGCAACAACUCCAGAAUUUUUGGGCUAGUCAGUUCCAAGAAAUCGAGCAAACUGCUGAUUUUAAGAAUCAUAGCCUGCCGCUUGCUAGGAUUAAGAAGAUUAUGAAGGCAGAUGAGGAUGUGAGGAUGAUAUCAGCUGAAGCUCCAGUCAUAUUUGCCAGGGCGUGUGAGAUGUUCAUCCUAGAGUUGACACUGAGGUCUUGGAAUCAUACAGAGGAAAACAAAAGGAGGACACUCCAAAAGAAUGACAUUGCUGCAGCAAUAACAAGGACUGAUAUAUUUGAUUUUCUGGUAGAUAUUGUCCCAAGAGAGGAUAUGAAUAAUGAGGUACUUGCAUCAGUUCCGAGAGGGAACCUUCCGGUUGGAGGCCCAUCCGAUGGUCUUCCUUACUAUUACAUGCCGCCGCAGCUUGCUCCACAGGCGACUGCUCCAGGGAUGAGUGUGGGUAGACCCGUGAUGGAUCAAGCUCUCUUUGGUCAACAGCCUCCCCCAUAUAUGUCUCAGCAGAUGUGGAUGCAACAACAACAUCAACAGCCGCAGCCACCUUCAGAUUCUUAAGCGGGUUGGGAACCGCGAUAAUGAAAAUGAAAUCAAGAAGGAUGGCGUGAGUACCUAGAUUGCGAGUUUGUGCCUGUUACAAAUUAAAUCAUCUUUUACAACAUGCUUUUGGCUAAAUUUAAGUUUGUUCUUUUUAUUACCUCAUUUCCCAACCCCCUGUAAGGUAGUGAACUCUGGUGUUGUAGAUAAUUGGAGUAAUGGUUCCCUUUAUGAUUAUGUUGAAAUCUAAGCUUUCUCAGUUCUGUCAUGUUAUA